CAAUUCAUGACGCAGUGUGCUUGGACGACCGAUCAUGCCCCCGACUCGGCGACUCGCCGACUCCGAGACCAAAGGAAUGAGCGGCCCCAAUUACACACGCGGCACAACGUCGCAGCCCCGUCAUGACACACAAGGUGCACAUAUAGCUGCGUAGCUAACGCAAUCUUACAUAGCCACAGCGUAGAGACUGCCCAACAUGGCUGGCAGUCGCGACUCACGUACAAUGGGCGUGCUGGCCUGCAUGGGCGCCUGCAUCGUCGUUAUUGUUGCCUGCGGCAUUGCAAUUCUGGCAAUAAAUAGGCAGCACCUUGCGGAUGUCACCUACACCUGCUGGUAUGUGUGGCCAUACACCACCUGCACCGCGUAUUACUGGGGUUGCAUGGCGUCUGAGGACUUCUCGGACUCCACGCCAUGCAGCUAUCUGUACGCCGUGGGAUCCAUUAGCAUCUUCAGCGGCCUCAUGACCCUGGCGUGCAUGGGCUGCCCUGGCGGCGUUAUCGGUAACUCCGUCUCGGGAGUCUUCCACAUCAUCUGGUUUGCGGUCGCGGGCGCAUACUUCACUGACAAGUACAACGGCGCGCAUGCCCUGCCUCUGGACAACUGGCGCCACGCCAUCAUGGCCCUGUGCUGGACUUCGCUCUCGUUCGGCGCCGUGCAACUGCUGGUCUCCGUGUUCGCCUGCGUGAAGAUGCGCGACCGCGGCGGCGAGUACGAGGAGCGCCCCCAUAAGCACGAGCACAAGUCGCACGCGGAGAUGACUGACCAGCAUCCCCCGCCGCCCAUGGCCAACCCCUACCCUCCCCCGCCUGCGCCUUACGGCUACGGCUACCCCGCGCCGCCGCCGCCGCCGCCCGCCGCGUACGGCUACGGUGCCCCGCCGCCGCCGGCAGGCUAUCCCUAUGGCGCUCCGCCGCCCCCGGCAAACUAUUAACUGGGUGAACUGUAUUCCGAUUGCCGCGGGUGACUAUCAAGCUUGGCCUGGUCAAGGCCUGCUGGCAAGGAGGAGGUAGAGGACGAUGUGUGGCAAGCGCGGCCUUUGUGUGCUGAUGACCGCUGGCGCCUGGGUGCAGCAGCAGCAGCACGCAGGCCACACUCGAGUUACUUUGGGUAUGCAAGCUUGAAUCAGUUGUAGUCACAAUGAUUGGGCGCACACGCUUGCGAGCUGCUUUAUAAACUGCCGGGGUCCAAGAGUUGUGUUCGCAACAUGUCGAUAAUUGCCCCAAACUGGAUUGAAGGUUUUCGCACCAUGCAUGCGCAUUCGCGCCAUGUGACGCUUGCGCUUGAAAUGUGGAAUGUCACGUUGGCGCUAAUGGUCCAAACCCUGGAGAGUUAGAGUCACUCAGUUGUAAUGUUGCACGGAAAUUGGCAUCAGUGAUGCAUCCCUGGUUGACAUGCUGCACGCCGUACGCACGGUACUGACAAAUAAUGGCUGGGGCAACGGAAUGCGCCCAGCGCCCCCGGAAGAUACCUGAUGGGACGUGAGUGCGUGGGAGCAUCGCAAGGCCUCAUCCGCCUGGAAUGGCGAGCAGGAAGACUCAGCAGAAGCGUGGUGCGCCUGGUCGCCCCCGUGGCUGCCGGUCCUUGAGGCAUGGGGGUGGCAAGGCGUGUGUGCCACUGCUGGGCACAAGAGCCUGCUGGGGCGUCUUGAGGUAUAAGGGGGGGAGAUGCUGCUUGGAUGCCUUGACAGUCGGCACACUAGCCUAUGAGCUCUUUGAAGCCAAAGGAUGUCGUGCCACAGUAGUAAAAAGAGUCGCUGUGUGCACGCAUGUGUACGUGUGUUCUGGCCUCUGGGGCAUUGUCCACGACUGGGGUGAAACUACAUAUAUACCCCCGUCGAUCCAGCAGCCCCUGGCAGCAAGGGGCAGUCCACCCCGCCUAUUGGAAGCAGCAGCUAACACCUACGCGCAAAUGUAAGGCGCAUCGAUC